GUCUCUCGCUAUCAAAUUUUCCCUCUGACUGCAAGCGGAGAAUCGCUACUUAGCGCUUAGCAUUCUCACUUCCGUAUCUCUUCGCAGCCAUGUCUAAGCGGAAGGUUCGAGAGGUCAAGGAGGAGCCUACCAGCCUUGGACCUGCUGUGCAGCCUGGAGAGACCGUUUUUGGCACCGCUCACAUUUUUGCAUCAUUCAAUGACACCUUCAUUCAUGUGACCGAUCUUUCUGGAAGAGAAACGUUGGUUCGUAUUACUGGUGGUAUGAAGGUGAAAGCUGAUAGGGAUGAGUCCUCCCCCUACGCUGCUAUGCUUGCAGCACAGGAUGUUGCUCAAAGAUGCAAGGAACUCGGCAUUAAUUCUCUUCACAUAAAGCUUAGAGCUACAGGAGGAAACAAGACCAAGACUCCUGGUCCUGGUGCUCAGUCAGCACUUAGGGCUCUUGCACGUUCUGGCAUGAAAAUUGGGCGUAUUGAGGAUGUUACUCCAAUCCCUACGGACAGCACUCGUAGAAAGGGAGGCAGGAGGGGGAGGAGGCUGUGAAUCUUCGCUUGCUCAUUUCGUCUCUAUGUGUGUGGUAGUAGUGUAUUGGUGUUGGAUCUUUUCUUUGGGGUUCCAAAUGUUUCGUAGCAGUAGUUCAGCAGACGUUUCCUUAUCCAAUUUUGUUGUUAGUCCUUGUCAAAUUUUACAGACAGAUAUCUAUGCUUAAGCAGACUGGCAUAUUGCAGGUUUUGCACCUAGAUCUUUGCUUUCGUAUCAUAUAUAUGAAGCUGCGUUACAAUUGUAGAGUCCUGCAGAUGCUUUUCCUGUUGUGAAUGAUCCAUGAUUUGAGAAAACAUUAGAAUUGGGCUGUGCUGGCGUUUAAAAUAAUAAGCAGGAGCUCUGGGAAUUCGACUUUUUCGGUCGACCGCGGUAACAGCUGCUCAGAUCAUUUUGUGCUAUUUAAAAUUGCUUUAUACUAGUGUUUUCCCUUAGAUUUUAGACUGUCUCGCUUAUCCCCGGUGGAGCACCAAGCGCCUGCCUUUUGUAUAGGGCAUGAAUCCGGAAUCCCUUGGUAAGAUCUAGGGACGCCAAAUGACUCUUGCCGAGAAUAGAAUACCUAAGCUGAA